UUGAGCUUCUAACAGAGCUGCUGCUACACUGUCAGCUGGAGUAAUACAUCAUAUUGAUACAGCAAACCUGACACAAAUGUCGCGAGGCGUGAGAAAGAGGUCCGCUGAGGGUUACAUUCGUCUGUUAGUGUGGUAAAGAUUAUUUAGCGGUAGCAGGAUAAAGUGGCUCAGAACUGCUUUGUUUACAUCGCUAGUUCAGUUCAAGCAGCUUUCAUAGAGGCUUCAUAGCAGCAUAUAAACGCUGUUAGACUGUUAGAGACAUCAUCUCAGCGGCCUCGCGCUUCAUAGGUGCUCAACUUCACUCUCAUUUGGUCCCGUGCUUCAUUAAACGUCAGUAUGGGGAUGUGUUUGUCCUGUCUGAGUGGAGCUGGGGAUGAUGUCACACCAGACCCCGAGACGAGGAGAAGACAGCUAGCGGAGGCUGCAGAGAAGAGACAGAAAGAGACCACCUGCAGAGGUAUCAAAAACCCAGAAGCCUUGGAGAGGAAAAAGAAGAAACAAGAAGAGACAGAGAAACAGACCAUGAACUCUGGACCUUCUGGAGGCGGUGGGCUAAAGUGGCAGGUUGGCUAACACAGGCACAACCUUCAUCCGCACUGAUUCUUAAAACUCUUCAUUCUUUCGGUUCUUAUUUUGAAGUGUACACUAGCCAGGGGAGUUUGCAUAGAGACUAGAAUUUUUUUGCCAAGCUCCUGCACAAAACUCCUCAGAGUGAUUGGCCAGAGUGCAUUCAGGCCACACCCCUUUAAAUGCCAAGAUGGGCAAGCUAGUGGGUUUUUGGGACUUUAGCAUCAUUCAUGCAUCAUUUCAGACAUGCAGCUUUGUACCGAUGUGCUUUCUAUUUUUAACAUUAAUGGAAUCCUCAAAUCUGAAGAUCUGAAUGUCAUUUUAAUACACAUUUAUACAACUGAAAAGCAUCUUUUAUAUUGGAUUUUGGAUAAUACAUAUUUAGUCAUUUAUAUUUAUGCAUCAGUUACUAGUGCAUUUUGCGAUUGGUCAGGACUUGAAGUAUAAUAAUAAUGUGUAUUAUGUCAGUUAGCACUUUCACUGCCUGUUGAUUGUACGACUUGCUGUUCUUAUGAACCAAAUUGAAUGUGCAUCACUUUUCUCACUUGAGCUAUAGUGGGUAGUGUGGAAUAUAUUGUAUCUAUAGAAACUCAUCAUAUUGCCUUUAAUGCAUUUCUUUUGUUAUGCUUAUGAGUUGUUACCUCGGUCUACAGCAACUCACUCAAUGCUUGUGGCAGGGAAACAAAUAAACAACUGAGACAUC